AUGCCGAACAUAAAGAUCUUCAGCGGCAGCUCCCACCAGGACCUGUCCCAGAAAAUCGCCGAUCGCCUGGGGCUGGAGCUGGGCAAGGUGGUGACCAAGAAAUUCAGCAACCAGGAGACCUGCGUGGAAAUCGGUGAGAGCGUCCGUGGCGAGGAUGUGUACAUUGUGCAGAGUGGCUGCGGAGAGAUCAAUGACAACCUAAUGGAGCUCCUCAUCAUGAUCAAUGCCUGCAAGAUCGCUUCAGCCAGCCGUGUCACCGCAGUCAUCCCCUGCUUCCCAUAUGCCCGCCAGGACAAGAAAGAUAAGAGUCGAGCCCCGAUCUCUGCAAAGCUUGUGGCCAAUAUGUUGUCUGUAGCAGGGGCAGACCACAUAAUCACCAUGGACCUACAUGCUUCUCAGAUCCAGGGCUUCUUUGAUAUUCCUGUGGAUAACUUAUAUGCUGAGCCAGCUGUCCUGAAAUGGAUCAGAGAGAACAUUGUCGAAUGGAAGAACUGUACUAUUGUUUCACCUGAUGCUGGUGGAGCUAAAAGGGUCACCUCUAUCGCUGACCGGUUGAAUGUGGACUUUGCACUGAUACACAAGGAGCGGAAGAAGGCCAACGAAGUGGACCGAAUGGUGCUUGUGGGGGAUGUGAAGGACCGGGUGGCCAUCCUAGUAGAUGACAUGGCAGACACAUGUGGCACCAUCUGCCAUGCAGCAGACAAACUAUUAUCAGCUGGAGCCACCAAAGUUUAUGCUAUCCUAACACAUGGAAUCUUCUCUGGGCCUGCCAUUUCUCGAAUCAACAAUGCUUGCUUUGAGGCUGUAGUGGUUACAAACACAAUACCUCAGGAGGACAAGAUGAAGCACUGCCCUAAAAUCCAGGUGAUUGACAUCUCCAUGAUCCUCGCAGAGGCCAUCCGGAGGACUCACAAUGGAGAAUCCGUGUCCUAUCUGUUCAGCCACGUUCCUUUAUAACAGACCCCCCUGCGCAACUUCCUUGGCAUUUUUUUU